GGCCUCCGCGUCACCCGCGCCCGCGGUGGCCACAACAUGGCUGCGGCGCCGGGGCUGCUCCUCUGGCUGCUCCUGCUCGGGCCGCUCCGGUGGGUCCCGGGCCAGCCGGACCCGAGCCCCGGCCGGCGCUUCUCGGACCUCAAAGUGUGCGCGGACGAAGAGUGCAGCAUGCUAAUGUACCGUGGUGCAGCCGUCGCAGACUUCACAGGCCCUGACUGUCGUUUUGUGAAUUUUAAAAGAGGUGACCACGUGUAUGUCUACUACAAACUUGCAGGGGUCUCCCCUGAAGUUUGGGCUGGAAGUGUUGGACGAGUCUUUGGGUAUUUUCCAAAAGAUCUGAUCAAGGUCCUUCACACAUAUACAGAAGAAGAGCUACAAGUUCCAGCAGAUGAGACAGAUUUUGUCUGUUUUGAAGGAGGAAGAGAUGAUUUUAAUAAUUAUAAUGUAGAAGAACUUUUAGGGUCUUUGGAACUGGAAGACUCUGCAUCUGAUGAGUCUGAGAAAGCUAAAGAAGUUUCUCAGCAUGGAGUGAAAUCUCCUGAAGGAGCUCAGGAGACUGAACUUGACCCUACACCUGAGCCUGAGCCGGUCAAAGCUGACUCAGGGGAAAGAGAAGGUGCAUUCUCAGAGAGCACUGAGGAAUUGCAGGAACAGCCCUCAGCUCAGGAGAGCCACCCUCGUGCCAACAGUGCAGCAGAUGACGCCCAGGGAGUGCAGUCUUCACUGGACAAUUUUGAAGAAAUGCUGCAUGAUAAGUUAAAAGUGCCAGGAAGUGAAAACAGAACCAGCAAUAGCUCUCCCGUCUCAGCGGAGCAGGAGAAGAUAGAUGCCUACAAAGUCCUGAAAACGGAAAUGACUCUUGACUUGAAAACCAAGUUUGGCUCAACCGCCGAUGCACUGGUGUCCGACGAUGAGGCAACCAGGCUGGUCACUUCAUUAGAAGAUGAUUUCGAUGAAGAACUGGAUGCUGAGUAUUACCCAAUGGAGAAUGAAGAAGAGGAGAACGUGGACAACUUUGAUGAGCUACCAUUACUAUCCUUUGCAGAUGAAGAAGAUGAGAAAGCCCCUGGGAAACCUGGGAUGGAGAAAUAUUCAACAGAUAAGGAUCCGAACUUGAGUGAAGAGGGUAAAGUUGAACCCACUCUGCCUCCUGGCAUCCAAAGUGACAAUAAAGAUUUAUUGACAACUUGGGGGGAUACUUUGUUUUCUAUUGUCACAGGAGGUGAAGGAAAAACAGGUGAGGUAGGUUUAGAGAGUUCUAACCCAGAGGAAGACAAGAAGGAGGAUGUGCUGGUUUCAGCUAGCCGUGAGAGGAAACCACAGUCAACAGCUGGCUAUGUGGACCCUGAGGAUGAAGAGGAUGAUCUUUUUGUAGAAGUCUCCAAAACCAGUGGUGAAAAGGACUCAGAAACAGACCAAGAUCUUGUCAUUAUAGGAGAAGAAAAGCCAAUACAGGACUCCAGGAGAGGCCUGUCACACCAUGAAUCCAAAGCAGAGGUUGUAGAGUCAGAAACGGUGAGUGCUUAUCAACCUCAGAGUAGCAAGCUUAACCCUCUGCCAGCUGCUGAAAAGGGCAAAGAAUUUACAUUAAAAACAGUCUUUGAAAAAAAAGAAAAUGGCCUAAAAGAACCAGUUAUCCAUAUCUCAAAAGAAACACCCCACGAAGAGAAGACUGGAGAGAGCUUCGAGAGUGAAUCGGUACCCAGAGCUGUGGUGAGUCCAGGGACAGAAAACAGCAGCAAACAUGAAUCGUUGGGUGCCACACCACUCUUAGGAGAUCAUCAGCCUGAUGUAUCCAAGGACAGUACGGAAGUCACAGGCGCUUCCGUCAGUGGGCCAAAAGUGGACCAACAGGAGGGAUUUCAGACUCAACCUGGAUUCUCUGCUCCAGAGGAAACUGCUCCUUCAAGAGAACUGAGGGAGAAGGUUCCUACUCUGGGAAGAAAUCUUUCUUGGCAGCAGCAAGAGAGAGAUGUAGCUGUUGUAGAGGGCAGGGAAGACCCUGCAGAUGUGGAACCACCCCACCCCCAGGCCAUACAAGGGGCACUGGAGAUUGAUAGCCGGGAAGUACCCAGUGUCCAAAUCCAAAGGCCAGAAGCAGAGGAGGACGCUUAUCCCCCUGAGGAGCUACUGGAGGAUGAAAAUGCUGUGAGCGCACAGUCUAAAGAGAACCACCCCAGGGUUCAGGACAGGAGGUCAGAUAUGAAUUCUCAGGUUUUUGAAAAAGUAAUUUUGGGGACCCUUAAUCUUGACACUGAAGAAAACAAGCAAGCAACGAAUAUGAUUGUGGAGACUGGAAAAAAGAGUACAACUACAUCAGAAGAGGCAGAUGGUACAGGCAGGGAGUUGGGCAGUGUAGUGGGGGACAAAGAAAAAAGCCAUCUGGCAGCUGUGCGAGCUCAGGGGCCAUCUGAAGUCGAUGGCCUUCAUGAGAAGAUGCCAGCUCCCACUGCAGGCUUCGGGGAAGCCAUCCAGAGUAAAGAUCCUGAUGCCCUACAAAAAGACAACCCUGAGGGACUAGUCAACCCCUUGGGACUUGGGGAGAUUCCCGGGGGAGAAGAGACGUCAGAAGGGGAUCCUGAGGAUCCUGAGGAGUUUGGAGGCUCAGAAAGCCAGGUGCCUGAUGCUGAAGGCGUUGGAGAUGGCUCACCCCAACAAGCUACACCUGAAAUUCCUGACAUAGUGCUGAAGAGCCUGAGAGAAGACUUGCCCAUCAUAAACAGCUUCUUCAAGGACCAGAAGUCCCUGUAUCGCUUCCUGAAGUACUUUGAUGUCCAUGAGCUGGAGGGCAUGCUGCAAGAUAUGUCAAUAAGGCUGAAAUCAGCACAUCGGGACAGCCUGCCCUACAAUGUGGAAAAAGUCCUGGAUAAAGUCUUCCGUGCCUCUGAGUCACGAAUUCUAAGUGUGGCAGAGAAUAUGCUUGAUAAUCGAGUGACCAAAAAUAGAGAUCUGGGGACACAAGAGAACAGCCUGUUAGAAGAAGCUGCGGUGUUGGAUGAUGUACAAGACCUGAUCUAUUUUGUCAGGUACCAACACUCUGGAGUGGAGACUGCUCCACUGGCCACACCUCCACCUCAGGAGGAAGGCGAGGCUGGACCAAUAGAAGAGGUGCAGCCACUCCAGCAGGACAGCUUACCACAAGAAAACACAGGAGAUCUUAGUGUGCAGCUUCCAGAGGAGUCCGGACUCUUGGAUCAACCUGGGACCAGUGUGCAGCUUCCAGAGGAGUCUGGACUGUUGGAUCAACCUGGGACCGGUGUGCAGCUUCCAGAGGAGUCUGGACUGUUGGAUCAACCUGUGACUGGUGUGCAGCUUCCAGAGGAGUCUGGACUGUUGGAUCAACCUGUGACUGGGCACAUGAGUGCCUCAGAGGUGUCACAGAGGCCAAAUACUGAGAAAGACAUAGAUCCAGAUUUCCUUGUAACCAAAGUCUCUCCUGCUGGGGCUGGUGAUGCAGAAAAGCACCUGGAGACAAGGGCAGAGGAGCCAGCCAAUAUCUCACCUCUGGAAAACACACUUGGUUCCCUGUAUUCCUUCAUUCUUUAUUUAAGUAAGAUGUUAAUUGCCACGUUGCCUGAUAAUGUUCAGCCUGGCCCUGACUUUUAUGGACUACCAUGGCAGCCUGUGAUCGCUACUGCAGUCUUGGGAAUUGUUUCAUUUGCAAUUUUCUCCUGGAGAACUAUGCUUGUUGUAAAGAGUAGAGUAUAUCAAGUUACUGAGAAGCAAAUUUCUGAAAAAUUGGAGACUAUCAAGAAAGAAAAUGCAGAACUUAUGCAAAAACUAUCAAAUUAUGAACAAAAGAUUAAGGAAUCAAAGAAAUAUGUUCAAGAAACCAAGAAACAAAAUGUGAUUCUCUCUGAUGAUGCUAUUAAAUACAAGGAUAAAAUCAGGGUACUUGAAGAAACUAAUGAAAUUCUGGGUGACAAAGCCAAAAGUCUUCAUCUUAUGUUAGAAUCUGAGAGAGAACAGAACGUCAAGAAUCAGGGCUUGAUACUGGAAAACAAGAAGUCUAUUGAGAAGUUGAAGGAUGUCAUUUCGAUGAAUGCAUCAGAACUUUCAGAGGUUCAAAUUGCCCUUAAUGAAGCCAAGCUUAGUGAAGAGAAUGUAAAAUCUGAAUGUCAUCGGGUUCAAGAAGAAAAUGCCAGGCUUAAGAAGAAGAAAGAGCAGUUGCAGCAGCAGAUUGAAGAGUGGAGUAAAUCGCAUGCUGAGCUUGCUGAACAAAUCAAGUCAUUUGAGAGGUCCCAGAAAGACCUAGAAGUGGCUCUGACUCACAAAGACAACAAUAUGGAUGCUUUGACCAAUUGCCUCACACAGUUGAAUCGGGUAGAGUGUGAACUUGAAUCUGAGGAUCAGAAUAAAGGAGGAAAUGAGGCAGAUGAGCUGGCCAAUGGAGAAGUGGGAGGUAACCGAAGUGAGAGGAUGAAACACAGAGUUGAGCAGAUGAUGGACAUCACUCGGACACAAACUGCAGUCUCAAUAGUUGAAGAGGAUCUCAAACUUUUACAACUUAAGCUAAGAACAUCCAUGUCUACUAAAUGUAACCUGGAAGGCCAAAUCAAGAAACUGGAAGAUGACUGCAACUCUCUGCAGACUGCUAAAGCCGGACUGGAAGACGAGUGCAAAACUCUGAAGCAGAAAGUGGAGAUCCUGAAUGAGCUCUACCAGCAGAAGGAGAUGGCUCUGCAGAAGAAACUGAGUCAAGAAGAGUAUGAGCGGCAAGACAGAGAGCAGCGCCUGUCAGCUGCAGAUGGAAACGUGGUCUUGGCUGCCGAGGAAGUAAAAACUUACAAGCGGAGAAUUGAAGAAAUGGAAGAAGAGUUACAGAAAACAGAACAGUCAUUUAAAAGCCAGAUUGCUGCUCACGAGAAGAAAGCUCAUGAAAACUGGCUCAAAGCCCGUGCUGCAGAGAGAGCCAUGGAAGAGGAGAAGAGAGAAGCUGCUAACUUAAGGCACAAAUUACUGGAAAUAACCCAAAAGAUGGCAAUGAGGCAAGAUGAACCUGUGAUCGUAAAACCAAUACCAGGAAGACCGAAUACACAAAACCCUCCCCGGAGAGGUCUACUGAGCCAGAAUGGUUCUUUUGGCCCAUCCCCUGUGAGUGGUGGAGAAUGCUCCCCUCCCCUACCAGCAGAGCCACCUGGGAGACCUCUUUCCGCCACACUCAGUCGAAGAGACAUGCCUAGAAGUGAAUGUGGGUCAUUGGACAGGCAUUUACCUAGCCCACGAUGGUCAUCAGAGGCUUCUGGGAAACACGCUGCUUCUGACCCAGGUCCAGCUCCUGUGGUAAACAGCAGCUCCAGGAGCUCCUCUCCAGCCAAGGCCACAGAUGAGGGCAAGCCAACUGUUCUCCAAGAGCCUGAUGGCCCCUUAGGUUCCAGCAUGGCCCCUUUAGCUGAGCAUCCAGUAGCAGUUAACAUGGCUCCCAAAGGGCCCCCUCCGUUUCCAGGGGUACCUCUCUUGGGUGCCCCUUUGGGAGGCCCCAUGCCACCACCCAUUCGAUACGGACCACCUCCUCAGCUCUGUGGGCCUUUUGGGCCUCGGCCACUUCCUCCUCCUCCACCAUUUGUUCCAGGCAUGCAUCCACCAUUAGGCUUAAGAGAAUAUGCACCAGGUGUUCUGCCUGGGAAACGGGACCUGCCUGUUGACCCUCGGGAGUUUUUACCAGGACAUAUACCAUUUAGACCUCCAGGUUCACUUGGUCCAAGAGAGUACUUUAUUCCUGGUACCAGAUUACCACCUCCAACUCAUGGUCCUCAGGACUACCCGAUGCCACCACCUGCUGCAAGAGACUCACUGCCUUCUGGCCCAAGAGAGGAAGCCCCACCUGCCUCUCCAAGCAGUGUCCAGGACCAUUCACAGGCUUCAAAACCCAGCCCCUAACUUUGACCUCUGUCAUGAGUCAGAGAGAAAGCGGACAGUGCAUUAUUCAUUACAGCAAAGGAUUUCAUUGGCUUCAAAACCUGAAAGGUUGUUUUACAAAGUUUGUUUUUAGUACUAAGCUGCCUUGGCAGUGUGCAUUUUUGAGCCAAACAAAAAAUACUAUUUUCCCUUCUAGGUAAAAAUCACCUCUUAAGCUAGAGUGUCCUUCCAACUUUGAAAUGUGCAAUAAAGAAUACCUGUGUUUAGUUCAUGUAGCAUAUGUAAUUGCUAAAUGAUUUAGAAUAUCAUAAAAUAUGAACAUUUCCUGUGGAAAUGCUUUAAGAACACGUAUUUCCAUGGCCUUGGUUUAGUGUGUGCCAGCUGAUACAGAGCAAGGUGUUUACAGCUCCCUCUGUCUCUCAAAGACUGUUACGCUAAAAAACAUUUACUCAAGGAUCAUAAACUCUCCUGUUGCUAAAGUUCUUUGUAGUAAUAGUCCAUAAACUUUGUUUAUUAAUAUUUU